GGAUCUCGGUGUGCGGUGCUGUCAGACUGGUUGUGUCAGUGCGUGCGUAUGUGUAGUGUAGUGUGAUUGUCCUGUAGGCAUCCGUAUGCUGUCUUGUGUCCGUUUGUGGACGAGCUGGUAGUAGCUGCACUGGGUAACGUAGCUCCAGCCAUGAUGGGUGUUUCGCCGGGCUGCUGAUGGACGUCCGCUAUCGCCCUGCCGCGGAGCGGGUCGCCGGGGCUCGACAUGGAUCUUCACCUGCAGGUCGUUCUGACGACCGGCAUCAAGCGGAGGAAGCCGUGGCCGCGCUUCUGCUGGCUCGGCCUGGAGAAGGAGUCCGUGUUUCUGCUGGAUGACAACCGGAUCAGUGAGAUUAACAUGGCAACGGGGCGCACCAAGAAGCACAUCCCCAAACUUCAGCGCCUGCUGCCCAGCGUGGUCGUCAUGGCAACGUCCCAGAAUGGUGUGUGGUUGGCUGGACUGCUGCUCUCGGGGGAGAUGUUUCUCUGGAACAAGGACAGGGACUGCCUGAAGACAGCUGCCACAGUCCCAGUUAUUGCAGAGAUGGUUACUGCAGCUAAAGACAGCUCCGUGUGCCUCUCCUUGCUGGUGUCUGGAGACGGACGGCGAGCGCUGCUUGCUUCCCUGACGGGACAGGUCUUCCUCUGGGAAUGUACUGAGCGACGAGGCCUGCUGGGACCGCGGGAUGGAGCGCUUAGGGGCCGCUGGGCACACAUUCUUUUCCCCGAGACCGGCUCCAUGCCCUCACUGAGGGACAAAGAGGCAUGUCUGCGGAGUGUGUUCGUCCAGGGGGAGGUGCUCGGGGAUUGCUGCCUCUGUGCGUUCGCCUUCGCUUCGGGGCAUCAGCUGAACGUCACCCUGCUCAAGAUCUCCUGGGAGGAGGGUUCCGAGCGGCACCUCAGUGCGACGGGCUACAGCGUGCGCUGGGUCACCCAGCUGUACCCCCUGUCCAGCCUUUCACCUCCCUGCUGCCCCGUGAAGUCCAGGGGCGCCCUCGUGGCUGCGCUGUCCCCGGACGGCCUGGUGCUGGCUGUGGCCCUCAACCAGAGGGACCCCAAGUCCACUCAGGUCCUGUUUGUCAGCACCCAGAACCUCGUCUCUGUGCCCAGCAGCCUGGGUGGCUGUGGGAGCCGAAACCUGGCCAUCCCGCCCAAAUAUGUGAGGUCGUACUGGGUGGGGGACAUGAGCUGGAGCCCCGGGGGGCUCUUUCUGGCAUGUGUGCUGAAGAGGGGCUCCCUGCUGCUGCUGGCUCGGCUGGGGGGGCUGCUCACUCUGUCCACUUCGGGAUGCAGCGUCGAGUUUGGUCCCGCCCACUUCCUGCCCCUCCACCCACUGGUCACCUACAGGCCCCCCGUACCGCAGGACAGCUCCCUGUCCAGUUCCUGUGCCUCUGCUCGGGAUCUCCUGCGUCAGCGUUACUCCACCACCUGGCACCCGCGGCUGCCUUGUCUCAUCGUGUCCGACGGCUACACAGCCACUGUGUUGCAGCUGCCGCGGCAACCGUGCCCCGCCUCGCUCAUCAGCGCCUUCCUUCUGGAUGUGGCAGAAGCCCUGGAGCGCAUCCGCAGCGGGAUCACCGGCUCCCAGGGCAGCAGGCAGGUGGAGUCUGUGUCCACGUUGAAGCUGCUGUCCAGUUUGCAGACGGUCCAGCAGGGCAACACAUCCAGUCCUUCCCUGCCUCACAUCCUGCUGGAGAGCCAGGACACUCAGGAGCGGUGGACGCAGGGGGCAGGCGAAGAAGACUCGGAUGACGAAGGCAGUCAGUUCCCAGGCCCAAGAGUGGAGGCCGAAGGAAGACUGGAGUUCGCCUCCAUGUUCGAUACCCUUCACGCCCAGCCUAAUCGGUGCCAGGACCCCGAAGAAGAGCAGCCUGAGGACCCAACUCUGCUAGCUCAGCUGGACCGGGCCCAGAAAAACUUACUCACAGCGUGGGCGUUGGGUGUGUCACUAGGGGGCGCGGUGCAGCAGAGAGCCCGCUUGCUGAAACAUGCCGUCCACUGUGCAGUACGAUAUGCCACUCUCCUUAUCAUCUGCCCGCUUUCAGCAUCCAGCGGACUGAAGGGUGGUCAGAAGCCCUAUGCCAGUCGAGUUCUGCACCUUUUUGGGACUCUUCUCAGCCUGCUGGAAUGGGACAAGCCCCAUGUGGGCGGGGCCAGCUGUCUAGGGGUAGCAGUGGAGCUCACAAGACAAGUGGUCCGCCUGCUCCUCUCGCCUCUGUGCGGUUGUGCCGAGCCAUUCUCCCGCUCCCUCUCCACUGCCCUUCAAGCCCUCCGCAUGGCCUCACGGAGCUUGGACGAUACUUACUGGCUUUCCCAGAGAAACUGGUACACCCCAUCUGACCCCCGGGGGGUGCCUGUCCGGUCCGUCCCUGUCUCUGACGACUUCUCCGCCUCGUUGCUGCAUGAAGGAUUCUCACAGAAUGCCGAAUUCGCCAGUCUUCGGCCAUCCGACAGGUUGGUGAGCGUGUGGCAGGAGGUUUACCAAACGGCAUUGCAGUACCAGGCUGAGCUGCGCUCCCAGAAAAAUCACAGCGACUUCGAGACAGAGCAGGGUUUUGUCGCUGACGUCCUGUCCCAGGCCCAGUGCGCUCUGCAGAGGUCUGGAGCCCGGCUAGAUGUCGGACCCGUGCUGCACGGCGUCACAGGCGAGCAGCGCUUCCUCUACGGCUUGUACGCAGAGAGUGCCCAGGAGUGGGCUGCCGAGCUGUCGCCACAACAGGAGAAAGCUGGACCGCGAACCCGCUUCCUGCAGACCCGCUACUGCCUGGCUCUGCUUUACGGAUUGCUCUUUCAGUACCGGCUCCGGGAGGCCCAGGGUUUCUGUGACUGUCUGGCUAAGCAGCUGCUCUGCAUAGCAGGACUGGAGGUGGAGGACAGGGUCCAGACAAGCGCUACAGGUGGAGAAGGUCUCGCUGGUCAGAAGAUGUUGGCACAGAUGACCCGUGAGGCCAUCUACCCAGUACUUCAAUCAAUGGGCCGGUUCAUGGCUUCCUACUUCACUAACCAGCCGCUGGUCAUCCUGCCCCCCCACAACGUUACAGUUCUACCCCCUCUGCACCUGCCCCCAGCCCCUGGACAGCGCCUGCUCGUCUUGUCUCGACACUCCGUUACGGAAGCCCUGCGGAGACAGCAGCUGUCGGAGCUGUGGACAGUGGGCUAUGCGCUCGAUUUGCUACUGCUUGUCGGGCUUGUUCCUGAGGCCGCGUGGUUCGCCCGAAACCUGGGAGACUGGAAAACAGCUGCUGCUUUGGGCCUGGCCUACACCAGCUUUUGCAGGGACCAUGUGUUCCUCACGGGGAUGAAGUGGAAAGAGCUGCACCUGCCAUCAGACCUUCAACCUGAUCACAUUUUCCAGGACCGGCUGGAGUCGCUACUCCAGAGCAAUACGCAUGACUGCAUGGAUGAGGAGGACGAGGUGCUGCUGUACAGCUUGGUGCAAGAUCUCUUCCGUGCCUCGGCCAUGGCCCAGCUGGAUGUGUUGUCACGGCCUUUGCGACAGCUACUGGACUGCGCCAAGGGGCUGGCAUCUCACCUAACAGGGCUCGUGCCACAUGGGGUGUACCUCCCUGCCCCGCCGCUGUACUGUCCUCAGCCUGCCAUGGACACCAGGGGACAUUUAGAGAAUGCAGCGCUGUCCUCAGAGCAGGUGUCUCGCCAGAAGGUGUCCAGAGCCCUUCAAAGGGCACUGCUGCUACUGAGAGCAGCCCGCUGCUCCCGCCCGGCCGCACAUUGGUACAUAACCAAGCUGCGUCGCUGCCGUAAGCUCUUAAAGAAGAUUCGUCUGAAGGGUCCCCAUCCCAUGGUGAAAUCCUUUCCAGAUGGUCUCAUGAAGUUUUUCUCUCGUAAUGGCUUCUUCACACCAAGACCCCACGGAGAUGGACUCAAAGAUUCAGCCACGAUACAGGCUAUAACAUGCUUCAGGGAAUUGUGCGGGCUUUGCUGGAUGCUGCAUGUUCGGGAUCAGCUGUCAGUCUGCUGCAGGAAGUACCAGGCUGCAAGGAAUGAUGGGGGAGAAUCACAGGUGGUCUCAUGCUGUGAGGAAGCCCUACGAUGGGCAUGUCGUCUCCUGCCAUUCUCUCACUUCCUGAAUGCACAGGAAGUCCUGCAGGAUGUGGUGCUCAGUCUGGUGUCAGCGCUGCCCCCAUGUCCCAUGGUGGCCCAGGUGCUUGCCCAGGCCUUCCCAGAGGAAGAGGAGUCAGUGCGGGUCCCCCUGAGGGAAAAGUACAACUCCCUGCUCCAGCGACUGAACCAGUGCCAUCUUCCCAUCUCAGAGCAGGGUAUUGCGGAUGGAGAGAGCAAGAUAAUAAGAGUUCUGAUCCAGGAAGAGCUGCACUGGAGGCGGCAGGAGCAGCGGUUUGUUGCCAAGCACCUUGCUCCAUUGCAAUUGCACUUGUGGGAAAGGGAGGUGGAGGAAGAGGAAGGACAUGUUGUGCUCAAUCGGCUCUCGCCAGGGACUAGUCUGAGCUGCAGCACGUUGACAGACUGUGGGAGCUCCCUGAUGUACAGCGAUGCAGACACAGCUGAUACAACCUUUGAUCAUCUCUGUCCCGAUCAUCAAGGCAAGAGCAUGCACAGCAUGACCCCGGUGGCAGCUGAGCCCGAUAAGCUGGAUAGGGUCACAGAGGGUCAUGGCAAGCUGGGGCCAGGAGCAAGAAGGCAGGGCAAAGGUACAGAGCCCACUGCUGAGACACCAGACAGCCUAGCCCUGCCUUUUGUCGGCACUUGGGAGUUUGAGUUGGAUGAUGAGGAGUACCUGAUCUUCUUGGAGCUCUUCCUGAGCUACAUACUAGAGAAGGAUUGUAUGGAGGACGAUUCAGAUCUCCCUCUUCUAAGCAGUUUCACAUUAGAACUGCAUGAGAAGGAACUGCACUCUCUGGCUUAUGAGGUGAUGACGACAUUCCGGCAACGGUGGGACCACAAUAGGCUGGCCUUGAGGAAGGGGAGCGAUGCACCAGUUGUGUUCCGACCUGGUCACUACUAUGAGCUGAUAUCAGACUUCCCAGAUGCACCUUCCUCUCCAGUCCGUAGCCAUUCUCAGACUCAAAGUGGUGGUGGAGGACGCUCAGUCCAUCAUUUUCCUGGCCUCCAUGGAGGAAGAACCCAGGGUUUGUUUGGCUGCCAACGCCAGGCCACCCAAGUUGUCCCACCUCCCAUCCAAGAUGAACAGUCUAUUUAUGAAGGCUGCCACAGCCAGAACUCCAUGCAAUGGGGAUCAGAAUCUGUCCAGUGGCUCUUCAGAACCCAUCCAGAUGUUCAUGCUUUGGAUCUGUGCCAGGACCUUGACCCUCAGCUGGAGGCUGAGUUCCAGGGUCUAAGCCAACUUUUGGAGUGGAUGUUGCGCUGGUCCGACAGGAAGGUGCUGAUUACCCAUCCUUUCCGAAAGAAGGAGAUCACAGCCGUUGGGACCACUGAUAAGGUGUUCAUUAGAGCCAAGACCUCAACCCCAGCUGUCCUCACAGCCCUCAAGCUUAUGGCAUGCAGAUACAGUGCCACCAUUAUGGUAGAAGACAGGCAGUGCACACACUUCAAGGUCCCAGUAAUGGAUUCAGCAGUUGCAUCAGUGCUACUGCCAGAGAGCAAGUGGAGGCCAGAAAGGGAGAGCAGUGUGGACACAGGGUACCCGGCUUCAACUGCGACCCCACUUCAUCAGCCUGAUGAGGAUACUGAGCGCAGUGGUUCUUCUCACAUUUCUGUGAUGGAGAAAGGGGACUCAAAGGUGGACUUGGAUGGAGAGCAAUAUGCCUCAAACCAGUACAAUCAUGAUGUGGUGACCCCUAACUUUGUUAAAGCCGAGAAAUUUGAGAGGCUGCUAGAAAAGGAAGUGUUAGAGCUCCACAUUGAGCACACUGAACAGGAGGCAGCCCUAGGUGGUGGAUUGAUGCUCUGUGAUGAUUCAAAUAGCAGCAGUACGGUGUCCUCCUCAUCAUCCUCUACCUCAAUCCCCAAUCCUAACAUCUCCAUUAACAUCAGCCUCGCCAGGCCUCCUUCACCCCAAGACCAGACUCUGUCCCUGUCAGACCUGCACAGUCAGACCCCAGGUUCAAUGAAAGCAGCUUGGGCUGAAGAGUCAGAAACACCAGGACUUUCCAGUAGGCCAUGCAGAGCAUCAGCUGAUACAAAGACCAGCAGACUGACAGCAAUAGAGCAUCCUCCGGCACCUGAACCCAUUCUGUCCCCGAAGCCCCAGUCACUCCUCACAGCAGGACCUCAGCCAGGAAAUCCAGUUGAGCAAUCUUAUAGCAGUGUUUCCCAGCAGGGCAGAGCCUCUGACACACAGCCUCCUGUGGCGCAGCUGGAUCCUGCGAGGCAGCUCCUGCAGGACGAGCUAUUCCGACUGGUGCAGUUACAGCAGAUCAACUUUAUGGGCCUCAUGCAGAUUGUUGGCACCUCCUUUGCCAGAAUGCCUCUUGCCCAGCCUAACUUGCCUCUUUUGUCCCAAGCAAAUAUACCUGUGUCCCAAGCCAACCUGCCUUUUACCCAGGCUCACCUACCCCUUUUGUCCCAGGCAACCAUACCUGCCUCACAGGACAGCUUGCAGCCCUCUCAGGUUAACAUGCCACUGUUGUACCAGCCAACAGUGCCAGCUUCCCAAACCAGUGUCCCCAAGUCUGAACCUAACCUGCCAGUGUCUCAGUCCAAUUUACCACUGUCCCAAACCAACAUCUAUACUCAUAAUCUGUCCCCCUCUCAACUCAACAUGCAUCCCCCGCAACCAAGCCUACCGCUAUUGCAACAGCAGAAUGUACCCUUAUCCCAGCCCAACUUGACUGUCCUCCAGCCAGGUAUCCAGAGCAUUUCUGAGGCCAAGGCUGUGGAUCAGCAGCUGAUGAAAGAGGUCCAAAACAGUGGGAACAGUAUAAAGCUCAUGGCUCAGCCAGAGUGGUCCCACACUGGUCAGGCAGACCAGCAGGGCUUCAUACCUUCCUCCGCUGGGCUUCUCGGCACUGUUGGCAGCUGCUCCCAUGAAGUUGUAGCUGAUGCCGCUGGCCUUCCACCGGCACCAAACAGCGACCGGUUGUGGGAAACGCCGCACCCUACCCGUCAAGAAACUGGGAUACCCCCUGUGUCUGGGCUUAGGCUGCUCCAGCUCCAUGCCCCUCAUUUGCCCUUGCUUUGCCCUCAACGCCAAGGGACUUUUCCACCUGGAUUUUCACCCAGUCUGUCAUGGCCUCAUUGUGUGAGGGAGGCAUGGGUACAACACACUGAACCACCAACUCCACCUCCUCCCCCAUUGCAUGGCUGCCAAGUCCAAGUCCAGCAAGAACCUGCAGCCCCCAGACUCUUCCAGUACAUCCCUUCAGACCAAGUGCUUCAGAAUAUGCAGCCCAAGUCUACGCAAUCUGGGGUAGAAAUAGAAGGAGCAAGGGGCACCACCUCCUUCCCAAAGAAAAAUAGAUAUCCCCCGCCAAAUGGCCUCCCCUUGCUGCGUUUCCACCCUGAAUCUCGUCAACCCCCCAUCUUCUUCCCUGCUCCACCCGUGACCAGUAGCCGAGGAAUUCAGCUGCUGCAGAAAGACUCUGAGCCACUGAGGAAGGUCCAGCCCCCUACCUCUUCACCGCUGCCCACCUCCUGCCUCAUUCCUCUGGAGGAGCUGACAAGAGGACAGUCAGCAGGAGGUGGGCCGCUCCACCUCCUCUCUGCAGAUAUUCGCACUCACACCACCAGCACAGCCAUCAGUUCUGCUAAAAGGAAGAAGAGGAGGGAAGACAAGAAGAAGGAGGAUGGCAAUCUGAUUGUUACCUUCAGGGCAGAGGAGUCCAUUGUCCCACCAGUGGAGGUCAAAGAGGAGGCUCAAUCUGAACCUGUGCUGGACCAGGGAGGUGUCACCUCUGCCAGGCUGUCCCAGCCUGUGCUGUCCAGCCAGGAUCUGCUGACCAGGGCUUGGUCAACUGCAGCUGAGCUCCACGCCUUUGCCUCCUUACAGAAGAAGCCCCCAGUGGUCCACGACGUGUGCACCAACACUGACCCUGCUUGUCCUCCGUCACUCGCAGAAAAAGCCAUCUCCGCUCAUCUUCCCACUUCUCCUAGAUUUGCUCCAGGAGAUGGUGAACGUCAGCUAGAAGCCAACAUUCUGCCUCCUGACAUAUUCCUGGACCUUCGGUUUCCUCGAGACACCCCCUCCCAGGGCUCGAAGACCCUAGUGGACCCUAUGCCAGAAGUGGAGGCGGGCGUACUGGGACGAGGCUUCAUCAAUGUGAUCGAUCUAGAGGAUUCAGCUUUGCUGCAGGACCUUCCACCUCUCCAAACUUUACCAGAUCCCCUGCCGCAAAGAUCCCUUUCAACGCCAACCUCUGCUCAGCUCCAUCUUCUUGCUUCUACUGUCUCUACCUCCGCUCCGGAAGUGUCGCUUGGCCCACAACCCUCAGUCUCAAAGACCCCGCCCAACGAAGGGGUUCCUGUUGAGCCGAGUCCUCCGGCAGUGCUGCAGUCUGUGGCCGUUCUUUCGGAGCCCUUGGGGGACACGGUGACUGUCAGGAUGCUGCAGGACAGGCAGGAGCGGCGUCACGUAGCCCGGGGGUCACGAUUCAAGGACCAGGUCUCUGCCCGUCUGUCAGAAAUGGAUGCUCAAGUAGAAGCGCUCCAGCGCAUCGCUGACCACAUGGACCAGGAAUUUGCCAACACUAGGAUGCUGGUGAGGACAAUAGACUCUUUGGCCCCGGUGACCUUUGCGCCUAAUGCGGAACCCAAGCAACACUCCAGCAGAAGUGUCGAUGUGGAGGUUAUAGAUGAAGUCUCCCGACUGUGCCCGACAUCUGGACUAGUGGACCUGCCGGAGGAAGAAAAGGGUGAAGAAACUGAGGAUGAAAUAAUUGCAGCUUCUCCAGCUGCUGUUAUCCCUCCUAGUGAGAGAGCGCACUCUUCCACAUCGCCACCCUCCGCUGCUGCUUCGGAAAAACUCCCGCUCCUGCUGCACUCCACACCAGAUGAGAAAGCACAACUGACACCAUCUGAAGGCCUUCAGGAUGCUGCGACUGCAGAAUCUGCGAGGUGUGAGGUGGACUCACUGGAGCUCACGGGGCUGAGUGAUGUGGCUGACAUCCUUGGGCAGCUGGUGCAGGAUAAGAUCUUAUCUGCUACGGAGCUGGGACUCUCCCAGACACAGGCAGCCAGACUAAGGAGGAAGGGGUUGCAGCAAACUCAGAAGGCGCAGGAGCGGCUGGAGGUGCAGGCGUGGAUGAAGAAGAAACGGAGGGAGCGUCUGGCAGAGUACCGCAGACAAAGGGAAGAAAAGACGCAGCGGGAGCAUAAGCCCUUUAGAUCUACUGCCACACUGAAACCCACAUCUAAAGAUCUUGCACUCAGCAGGAAAAUGAAGGAAGAAAAGGACAAGAUGAGCCUCCAGGAGCACCACGGCCAGAGGGCUCAGGAGGCCUGCAACUUGAUGGCAGAGUUACUUGCAGCACCGCUGUCGCUACCCAGGGCUCCUCCGGCAACCCCCAUAUUCCUGCAGCCUCCAUCCACAUCGUCGUCGGCUCCACCCAGCAAGCACCCCGCAGCUCUCAGGAGUGCCCUCGGUGGAUCCAGGGUGGGGCAGCGAAACCGGAGUCAGUCUUCAGAGCGAACAGGGAGGAGCCCAAAGUUGCAGACAGGAGCCCCGCGCUCACUCUCUUCCCCAGGAAGAGUGCUGGGAGACCAGGGGGCGUUGAGCCGCAGGCUGGGACUCCAUCGGCCUGCAAGGGCUCUCCCAGGUGACCGUCUCUCCCAGGUGACCCGGCGGGGCAUGCUGGCAAAGACAAGGAGCACGGCUGGCCAGCAGGGCACGGCCAACGUCCAAAGAGUGCAUGCAAAGGAGCCGGUACCUGUGAGGACAGGUCUGCAAGAGAAGGACUGGAGCAGUGAUAUGGACAAGACGGAGGAGAGAGAUGUGGUCAGUCCCUGGGAUCCACCUUCCGAGAUCUGCCAGUUGCUGGGACUGAAAAAACAGGACUGGGGGCAGGAGCUGUGGGAUGACAGCAGGGAGGUGGCGAGGAGUCCUCCUGGAACCGAGCUGGAUGCCUUGUCUGAAAGUACAGGAAGCAUCCUCAGCAAACUGGACUGGAAUGCCAUCGAGAGCAUGGUGGCAGGAGAAGGCAGGAGAGGAGUGUGACACACACACACACACAAAAGAGGACUUUGACUGAGGGACGAGUCACAGGACAUACUCAGGACAUAUCAGCGAGGGGUCAGCUAUUCUCUUUCUGUGUGAAAGCAAUUCAGAGCCAAAGACAGGACAUGUUCUACAGCCUGCUGCUUUGGAACGGUUCAUGCGAAACUGAGAUGAGAGCAUUAAUACAUGUA